CACGUUAUAGCUGGUAUUUCUUGCUGUCUCUUGGUCUUCAAUCACUGGCCACGGAAGCUCCAUUGUCUCAGCUCUGUAUCAUAGCUUGGAUCUGCUGUAAUCUGUAAUCUGUGCCAAUGUCUGAGAAAAAGAAGGUCAUCCUGGUCACUGGCGGCACGGGACUGGUGGGGAAAGCCGUUGAGUGGGCCGUCCAGAACGGUGAAGGAAGACCAGAUGAAGAGUGGUUCUUUGCUAGUUCCAAAGAUGCUGACUUAUUAGAUAAAGCCUCCACUGAGGCCCUGUUUGAUCGUGUGAAACCUACUCAUGUGAUUCACCUGGCCGCCAUGGUUGGAGGACUGUUUCGUAACCUUAGAUAUAACCUUGACUUCUUUAGGAAAAACAGCAAGAUCAAUGACAACAUUCUUCAAACCAGUUUUGAGAGGAAAGUGGUGAAGGUUGUGUCCUGCCUGUCUACCUGUAUCUUCCCUGACAAAACUACAUAUCCUAUAGAUGAAACUAUGGUCCACAAUGGUCCCCCCCAUGAUUCCAACUUCGGGUAUUCCUAUUCCAAGAGAAUGAUAGAUGUGCUGAACAAGGGAUACAAUGUACAGCACAAAUGCCAGUUCACCUCUGUCGUCCCAACCAAUGUGUUUGGGCCACAUGACAACUUUAACUUAGAGGACGGCCAUGUACUGCCUGGCCUGAUCAACAAAGUCUACAUGGCUAAGCGAGACAAUACCCCAUUUACUAUUUGGGGUACAGGCAAGCCCAGACGGCAGUUCAUCUACUCCCGGGAUCUGGCCCGUCUCAUGAUCUGGGUAUUAAGAGAGUAUCCUGAAAUUGACCCCAUUAUUCUCUCAGUGGGGGAAGAGGAUGAGAUCUCCAUCAAAGAAGCAGCUGAGCUGGUUAUUAAAGGCAUGGGCUUCAAAGGAGAAGUGAAGUAUGAUACCAGUAAGUCAGAUGGCCAGUUCAAGAAGACAGCCAGCAACGCAAAGCUGAUGAGAUACCGCAAGGACUUCAAGUUCACACCUAUAGAACAAGCAAUUGAGGAAACUUGCAGGUGGUUCAACGAGAAUUAUGAAACUGCGAGGAAGUAAAAAACAGCUGGGGAAGUAGGGGAACUGCGACCAUUGAAUCUCUUAUCAGGGUUGUCUCACUUUGACUGUGGUAUAUAGAAGACUGAGAACUAUUCUUAUAUUCAUUAUCUGUAGGAUCCUAAUGGCUAAUCUGUUUUUGGAGGUAGUUUAGAGGGUUAAUUAUGUAACAAAACUGUUUGACUAGUGAAGAUGUGUGAUGGAUGUUUUAUUGAUCAUGUGAUUUUAUUCUCUGAAAUAAUGUGACUGAAAUAAGUGAAACAAGUUUUCUUUAUACUGAAAUCCACUCUACAUCAGGCACAUCAUCCCUGGAUAUUUAUGGAAUUUCUAAUGUUUUAGCAGCAGUAAUAGUUUUCUUUUGAAAUAUGCACUGGAUCGGUUCACGUCUCCAAAGACUUAAACUGGCAAUGAAGCCUUGAAGAUCAUUGUUCCAACUGUCCAGGUUGCUAUGCUUAGUACCAGUUUCUUAUUUCUGGUCUCUCUCUGCUUGUGAUGGCUUUUAUCCAUUUUUUUUUUAUUUUCCAAGACCUUAUGGUACAGCUUUAUUAUAAUUAUUUUUUUAAAUUUACAUUGUGACAAUAUAUGUUAAAUUUUAUUUGUUAAGUUUGUUCUAUCUCAGUAUUCUGAUAGCCUUUUCUGCAAGAUAACUUUCAAGUACUUUGUUUCUUUAACUGCUUGUUAACUAUAUGUACAUGUUUACUAAAUGCAGAGGAAAGGGAUAUUUUGCAUUAUGUUACGAUUAACACAUUUUGUUUAACACAAU